CAAUUUACAACAGUCUUUAAACGAUUUUAGAUAAAAGAGCACACGUCCAAAAAAGACAAAAUCUAUUUUUUUUUAAUAUUAAAAUAUUUUUUUAAUUAGUUUUCGAAUUUAAUUUUUAAAAAAUAAGAACAAUAAUAUGGCUUACGAGAAAAUUAUUUUUGUUCUUUUAUUCGCGACAGCGAUAGUGUUAAUUACAAAUGUUUCACCAAUAACAGGCAGAAGUAAUUAUAAUCGUGGAAAAAAUAUUUCACAUAAUUUCAUUAUUGGAACAAGACGACCUGGUGAUCGACUUGUAAUACAAAAAAAUUUAACUGUACCAGCAAAAACGUUUCAAGUUGUCACACAACGUGCUACAUUUAUUGUUCAAAAUCAUAAAAAUAUAACACAACUUGCUGCCUACGAUCAAAAAACAGAUGGAACUGGAGCCUAUGUUACAUUAGAAAAAGGAGGUGUGGGAAAAACAAACGUUACACUUAGAUUCAAAAGUCAACGUGGUCAUGGAAUUCAUUUUCUCGUUCAAGUGUAUGCAAAUUAAUUUUCAAUAAAAAGAGAACUAAUUAAAAAUAAAGAUGUACAUAUAAAAUAUUAUUAUUUUUGAAAAUUGUGAUUUUAGAAUUUUAGAGAAUUCCAAAAAAAAAGAAAAUAAUAAUAAAAUAAAAUUAAACCCGAA